GAAGGUAUUGUCAUGCAUAUAAAGGACGCGUAAAAUAUUCCCCCAGAGCGCAGCGCAGGGCAGAGACUCACACGGAACGCACGGAGGAUACAGACCGGGCCACACGGUGGAUUUCUAUCGUUUUCGUCGCUACGGACCCGUCCAUCUGUCACAGAUACCCUGGCCACAUGAGCAGCGACAUAUAGCCGGGACGUGUAGCCAGGAAACAGGUCGGACCGUUUAAGGAAAACCUACGGGGACCCAGCAACGAGGAGGCUGCCCUGUGGAGAUAGUGGUCAUACUUCCAAUUUCCCCCAAGUGAAGUCGGAGGUGUCUCUCUUCUCCAUCCCCUGCGAUAGGCUACCUGCUGCUGCUACAGAGGGGAAACUACAUCUAGAGCCUCCUGGAUCGCUCGAGAGCACCCUUUAAUGUUUUAGGGAUUUUAGGAUCUCUCAAAUAUUAACAUUUUUUGCACACCGAGUGUGUUAUUUCCUCUCUUGUCCUUUUUGGGAUAUAUACAGUGAUCUUUUUUCUCUUUUAGUACUUUAAAGUGCCUUAAUAACUGGUCAUAAUCCAGUGUAACUGUGGCAUUGUUACCAGACCAGAGACGCUCAACAGGGAGAAGACAUUAUCAGCUUUAGAGCCCAGGCAGGAUUACUGGUUCCCUACCAUCCAGCGAGCUGCAACCAUGAGCCAGGCGGAUGUGUCGACUUGCUCCGCGCCGCAGAGGGUUUUCCAGGAGGCGGUGAAGAAGGGGAACACCAAGGAGCUUCACUCGUUGCUGCAGAACAUGACAAACUGCGAGUUCAACGUCAACUCCUUCGGGCCAGAAGGACAGACGGCCCUCCACCAGUCCGUCAUUGACGGGAACCUGGAGCUCGUAAAACUGCUGGUGAAGUUUGGUGCAGAUAUCCGGCUGGCCAACAGGGAAGGGUGGAGCGCUUUACACAUCGCCGCCUUCGGGGGCCACCAAGACAUUGUGCUAUACCUCAUCACCAAGGCCAAGUACUCCUCUGGCUCCCGGUGAUCUGUCUCUGCUGUCAGGUAAAAUAAGAAAAUAACAAAUAACAAAACAACAGCAACACGUGGAAAAAAUACAACUGCAACACAGGAAAGUCAGGCUCUUUCAAAAGCAAAAAAACAAAAAACAUCAAAAAACAAGCAAAAAACUAAAAAAAAAAAAAACUAAAAACAAACAAACAAAAACUGCCAUUAUUUACAUAGUUGUGCCAAAUUAUAUAUAUAAAAAAGGAAACACAAAAUAGGCCUGCACAAUAAUCUUCCCUCACUGUAAACCAAACGGGGCCCCCCUCUCUGCACUCUUGAGUGAAGCCACCGCAUGGUUCAUACACAGCGCUUCAACACGAAUCUUUAACAAAAGAAACGCCAGUUCGGUGAGUUUGUUGGUACUAAAGCUUUCCUCUUGAAUGUGUAAACUAGAUCGUGUCGUCCACUAUAAAAGAAGCCAAUCUCUGUGUAUCACAUGUGUGUGUUUGGACUCCAGAGUGCAGAUGGCCCAGUUUUUUUUUUCGUUUUUUUUUUCCUGUCCAUGACCUCCCACCCUCAGUACAGUUGAAUAGUUUCUUUGUGGGGGGCGCAGAUUUUGACCUGUUGCUCCUCAUUGUUCACUUGUAAAACCCUUUUUAAGUUAUUUUAUAUGAAACACGGCACUUGAUGCUAUAUGGCUGCAUGCUGGAAUAUCUGAAAGGGAAGACACAUGAACAAGAGAAGAAGGGUUGCCCUCUGUUGGCUACCAGAGGUCUGUUUUCCUUAAUAAAUUCAAUGAUUCCUUCUUUUUUUUUUUUUUUUUAACUCAAAGAGCGGCAUUAUGGCUAUCCAACACGCUUUUUCAGAUGUGUAAUCAUUAUGUAACAACAACUGACUUCAUCAAUGUUGUGAAGUACUGUACACAAUAGCUUUACUUUUUUUUUUUUUUUUUUGGGAAAGAAAAAAGAGACAGUAGCUGAAUGCGCUGUGCCUGCUGCGUGCAGAUCUUGCCAUGCUGGCGUCCAACCUUUCAGGCCAGUGCGACCACUUUGCCAAUGGUCAUUGUGUUACUAAAAAAAAAAACCGCUGCUUUCGCUUUGUAUCAAAAAAAGUUGCAUUUGGAAUUCACUUUAUAAUCUCCUUUCAGUAUUUUUAUUAACAUCCUAGUCAUCACUGUGAAAGCAGGCUGGGUUUUUUUUUUAAUUUAUGAAGGUACAUUGAGAAGAUGCAUUUUUGAAUAUGUUGUGGUUCUUCUUU